CCUCAAGUUCCGCGAUAGGAAUAAGACAAAGUACUGACAGCCUCCGGCUAAGCAAUGCAUCAGAUCUUGCACAAGACCGGCCCUACCUUCUCAACUCGAACACGACAUAACCAUUCGCCACUUGAUCUGCCGUUGACGAUCGGAUAAGCACUUGGAGUAUCCACCACAUUCGUUUAAUGCAUAUGUGCACAGUGUAUGUGAAGUAGGCCGAUCUCGACCCGGGGCGCAGGUAUAUAAAGUCUCUACCAGUCCUGGACUCGACCAGCAACAAUUUGCCCUUCUUUCAACUUCCGCACUUCUCAUCUGAGACUAUAUUUUGGACGCUAUGGAUACUCGCCCAAAGAUGAUAUAUCUUCCAGACACUAUGAUUGACUGGCCCUGGCCUCGUACCAUCAAUCCUCAUUUCGAAGAUGUGAAAGCUGAAGUCGAUGCUUCGUUCCGUAAUUUCAAGACCCUGAGUCUUGAGUUACAGGAAGGAUUCGAUAAAUGUGAUUCUGCCCGCCUGGCAGCACUGGCUUAUCCUAACGCAUCAAGAAAACACAUUCGAAUCGGCUGUGAUUUGAUGAAUGUACUCCUCCUUUUUGAAUGGUACACCGACAUCGAGAAUGAGGCAGUCACGAAAGAAAUGGUGGAUAUCGUGCUCGAUGCCCUACACAAUCCUCAUAAGAUACGACCAGAAGGCGAAUGCAUCCUCGGCGAAAUCGCGCGAAUGUUUUGGGCCCAUGCAAUCCAAUUUGCAAGCCUGCCUUCUCAACGUCACUUCCUUGAAACCUUCACUGCAUACCUUCACGCAGUGGUUGUUGAGGUUGUUGACCGUGAACAAGCCCGUAGGCGGAGUAUCGAUGACUACCUGAAGCUCCGGCGUAAAACUAUUGGCGUAAAACCUUGUUUCCCAAUAUUUGAGAUGGGGAUGGACCUUCCUGAUGAAGUGUUCUACCAUCCCGUCAUCGUGGAUCUUGCUGACUGCAUCACAGAGUUGAUAAUUAUUGAUAAUGACAUGAUGUCAUACAACAAAGAGCAAGCAGCUGGGAACGGAUUUCAUAAUUUAAUCAGUACUGUCAUGUUGGAACUGGGCCUCGACAGAGGCAGCGCAAUGGCUUGGGCAGCACAUUAUCACGCUGAAGUUCAGAAACGAUUUAUCGACGGUCUUGCGAAGGUUCCUUCAUGGGGGCCUUCCAUCGAUGUCCUAGUCAAGGAGUACCUUGACGGAGUAGGAAACUGGGCUCGAGCAAACCAUUCUUGGAGUUACGAGACUCAAAGGUACUUUGCCACCAAGGGCCCGGAAAUCCAGCAAAGUAGGCUUAUCCCGUUGUUGCCAAAGUUCAACCACACAGCCGCGUGAACACAUCUCUUCCGAUGUACAGCUACUUCCACACAAUGUAUUAGCUUUUCUUGCACCUUGCGCAUCUCGUUGUGAUAUGCACUACAAUAUAU